GAAGCAAGCGGAAUUUCGGAGUGCGUGCCGCGCCGCCGGAAGAACUUGUCUUACCGUGUCAGCCUCGAGAUGGGCCGCUGCUCCCUGACGGAGGCCCAAGUCUUGGAAAUCCUCGACGACAUGGGCCUCGCUUGGCCAGGUCCAGAGUACAACGAGAUCCACAACAACAGCUUGGACUUCGCGGACGCGCUCUUGCAGCAACUUGGAGUGGGAGGACUUCCCCGUGAGCCAGGUGGUUCGUCACCCAGCUACCUCUCGGGCUGCAAUGCAAGGAUAUGGAAGCCGCUGGAGCAGACCUGCUCAAUCGACUUCAGCGUCUCUGGGCUGUUCAAAGGUGCUGUGGAGCUGGGCUAUGGUGUGAUGGCUAUGCUCACGCAGCCUUUCACAGAGGAUCCGGAUGGGGAUCGCGAAUCACAGGCAGAUCACCACCUUUUCUGCCAGAGUGUGGCUUGCACUGAUGACGAUAACGUUCUGUUGGCUACGGAGCCAGCUACGACCUCGUUGGACUUAGAGUUCCCGGACGAUGCCCUGGGAAUCCUUCCUGACAGCUCAGACGUUUUGCAUGAGCUUGAAGUUACCGUUGCCAGAAACCUGGCCGUCGACCGAGAAGCCGGAACCUGUCUCCUUUCCUCGCGAAGUUCUCUGAAAGCUUGGCCUCAGGCAAAGAAUCUGAAAUGCAAGCUCCCGGAGACUCCUCCUCCUGCUCCUCCCCAAACAUCGCGGGAGACGAGCUUUAAAUACUUGCCCUCGGUGGGUACUUGGUAUGGCCUCCAACAACUGCAGCCUAAGCUGACCACCACAACGGCGACCGUCCAGCAGACACCGUCAGCCAUCGUA